AGAGUUUCUGUGAAAUGGUGACCACAGGGAGUUUGUCCCUUCUCUGACAGACUAUAAAACCUCUGCAGUCUGACUCCUCUCUGCUCUUCCUGCCUCCUCAGCAUCUCAGAGCAAGUGUUCAACACAGCUGUUUUCCUGACUGCAGAGAUGGCAGUGCCCUGCACAAUCAUCAUGGCUGCUACAGUACUUACAGCCCUUAUGCCACCCAUCUAUUGUUUGACCCCCGGCCCAUUUCCACUGAAUAUGGCUCCUGAUGCUGUUGAUGACAUGUACGAUGGCUGCACCGAGGAAAUGAAGGAAAAGGUCAACAGCACAUAUUUCAACAAAGAGAAUGUGGGAACAUUUAAAGAUGCCUGGGAAAAUGCAGAAAAAUGUUCAAACAAACAGAAAGACCCAGAGGAUGAGACUCUCACCAAGAACCACAUGAAGGCAAUCUGUGCUUAUACAUCUGACUACAAAAAGAAUCCAAAUGAUAAAAAACUUCAUGAAGAAUUCAAUGAAGCAGUCCGGACCAGUAAGAACACCUACAACAGCACCUUCCAAUUCCAUUCUUUACAUUUCUGGCUGACUACUGCCAUACAAACCCUGAAUAGAAACAAUAGCUGUAACACUGCUUAUCGAAGAACCAAUGUUGCAUUCACUGGCAAUGUUAACGACAUCAUUCGGUUUGGUAUAUUUGCCUCCAGCUCUAAAAGAACAGACCUUACUCGAUUUGGUAGCAAGACCUGCUUUAAAAUUAAGACCUGUUCAGGAGCUUACCUGAAGAAUUAUUCAUGGUUUCCAAAAGAGGAAGAGGUGCUUAUCCCCCCCUAUGAAACAUUCAACAUAACCAACAUUAUUGAAGGUCGGGGUACAUUUCCAGUUCUGAUGGAUUGUGAGAAGGUCUUUGUUUUGGAGAGUGAACAAAAAGAUGUGAGUAAUCUAAACCGCACAAGUAACCUAAACUCCAAAGCUACACAACUAAUGAGAGAGCAGAGUUUUCUUUUUUUCUGUUUUCUGUUUUUAUUGGGACCAUUUACAGUGUUAAACAUAAAUGUUAACAUUUGAUGUAUUGCAUCAGAGUUUUUCAUCUGCAGUCGCUUUGGCAGGUCACAUUAAAACAGAACAAAGCAAAAAACAAACAGGACACAUAAUACAAAAUACAAAGCUACACACAAUAGCACAUCACAUACACCCACAAUGUCAACUGAUGGAGAAAAUGAAAUAAAAUGAGUCUUUGUCUGUAAACUUCAUAAAUCAAUAAGUAAAUGUAUAAAUCUCUACAACAGCUGUACUGAAGACAAUCAUUGUGCAUCACAACAUCAUAAAUUACAGUGUACAGUAUCAGAUGUAGGAGCAUCUGUGCUGCUGGAGAAAAGGCA